AUGAAGAAGGCGCAAGGAGCUGUUGUCUUCCGAACGGACGACCCACUAGCAGGCCGCGACUACCGCCCGGCCAUGCCGGGGGACAACCCCGACUUCUGGGAAGGUUCCCAGUGGGACCUGCUGGGGUUUGCCGCGGAGUACCUGUGGGUGUUCGGUAUCGUGCUGGCGAUCGUUUCAUCACUCUACGCCGUUACGAGCUACAACCAAGACGAGGAAGCGGGGGAGCCAACAGACUCGGCCGUGAUUGUGGAGUCAUCAUCCAUCACGAUUCACCAUUUACUGCCCUUGUUUCCCCGUCUGACCUUGCAGAUCGUUUCAUCACUCUACGCCGUUACAAGCUACAACCAAGACGAGGAAGUGGUGGAGACCGGCAGUGACUGUGUGGAAUGA